CCCAUAACCAAACCAAAACAAAUAUUACUAUAUAUAUAUAUAACCCUCUAAUCUCCCAACUCAUUGUUGAAUUGUACGAACCUGUCUCUGCAUUUUUAUGUUUCAAAGAAGCAAGAAUGGUAGGGUACGAAGAACAUGUUGAAGAAGAGCUUCCACUUGUGCAGACAGACCCAGCUGUGCUGGAGAUUGAUCGUUUGCAAAACCAGCUCAAAGAAAAAAUCAAGGAACUAGCCACUUGCCAGUGUGAAAUCAAGACCUUAAGGGCAGCUGAAGCUCUUAAAGAAAAGACUAUAGAACAGCUGACAACUGAAAUAAAUAAACUGGAUGAAAAACUUCGAAUUGUGGAGGAUAUCAUUGAACACAAGAAUCUUGAAAUCAAGAAACUUGCCGAUGAAAAAGAAGACGCACAGGCUGCACAAUACGCUGCAGAAGCAGCUCUUAGAAGGUUACACGAAGAUCAACGGGAUGAUGAUUCUGUUCCGUUGGAGAGCAUCAUUGCUCCUCUUGAAGCUGAGAUUAAAAUGUACAAGAAUGAGAUUUCAGCAUUACAAGAAGAUAAGAAAGCUUUGGAGCGACUUACAAAGUCAAAAGAGUCAGCAUUGCUUGAAGCGGAGAGGAUUCUGCGAAGUGCAUUGGAAAGGGCUUUAAUAGUGGAGGAAGUUCAAAAUCAGAACUUUGACUUGAAGAGACAGAUUGAGAUCUGCCAGGAGGAGAACAAAAUCCUAGAGAAAACCCACCGCCAAAAGGUUUUGGAAGUGGAGAAGCUUAGCCAAACCAUUCAAGAACUUGAGGAGGUCAUCCUAUCAAGUGGAGCUACUGCAAAUACUAUUCGUGAUUAUCAGCGACAGAUUUCCGAAUUGCAAGAGGAGAAGAGGAUGCUAGAAAGGGAGUUAGCAAGGGUAAAAGUUUCAGCCAACAGAGUUGCAACUGUUGUGGCUAAUGAGUGGAAGGAUGAAAAAGACAAAGUAAUGCCCGUCAAGCAAUGGCUGGAAGAAAGGAGGAUAAUGCAGUGUAUGCAGGCAGAGAUCCAACGGUUGAAAGACAAACUAGCAGUAUCAGAGAGAACAGCCAAGGCAGAAGCACAACUGAAGGAUAAACUAAAGCUACGAUUAAAAACGCUAGAAGAAGGCUUGAAGCAUUUCUCCUCCAAUUCCAAUGCGACUUCUGGGUAUCCAAAAGCAGAAAAGCCUAACAUCUUUGGUUUCCUGACAAACAAUGGUGGAAUAAGAAAGAGAUCUACGUCGCAACCAAGAGCAGCUACCAUGGGAAGCUCUUUCUUCCUGAAGUCAAAUGAUAAGAAAACAACAGACAUUGUUGCUGGUGACCUAGCAGAAAAUGUGUUGAAGAAGGGUAUCUGGGCAUCAAGAAGUAAAAUAGCCGAUAGUGAUGAAAAAGAAAAUAUGGUUCGGGCGAACACACAAGUAGAUUUAAAUAGGUGCACUGAUGAAAGAGAAGCAGCGCAAAUUGAACCAAGCAUCAACACGGAUGAACGGUCCAAAAGCAAGAAAAAUAAUGAUAUGGGCAGCAACGAUGUGGUCUCAGGUUUUCUAUACGACAGGCUUCAGAAAGAGGUUAUCAGUUUGAGGAAGUAUUGUGAAGUUAAAGACAGUAAUUUGCAAGCCAAAGAUGAUGAAAUAAAGAUACUCACGAAGAAAGUUGAUGCACUGACAAAGGCAAUGGAAGUAGAGUGGAAGAAAAUGAGACGAGAAGCAGCUGCUAGAGAAAAGGAAGCUGCAUUAGCAAAAUCAGAAAAUAACAAGAAAAACAGGAGCACAAUCUCCUCCAAAAGGGUGAUGAAAGAACAUUGAAGAUCCUUUAUUUGGAUAAUGUUGAAGGCAAAGUAUAUAUCAACGGUGUCUUGCGAUUUUUAUAUGUAAAUACAAAAAAGAAUUCGUGAUGUAAUUUAUUGAAAUAAAUUCCCACAAGGGACUGUGGGAAUCUCGUCUGUACAUGCAGCAGUGUUCAAUGUCUUUGUGUACAUUUGGAUAAAUGAUAGACUAUUUUGUGAGUUUUUACACAAUCAAAGCUGUCAAACGAGCAGUAAUGGCAAAAGACUAUGCAUCAGUAGGAGAAGGGAUUAUGAAGACGACUUGGAAAACAGUAGGGAGGCACGGAUGAUUGUAUGCGAUAAAGUAAAAGGGAGAAUCUACCUAAUGGUUAUAGAAAAAUAAAAUCUGGGUUGUUUUUGAGAUUUGCCUUAAAAGGAUAUCUUCAAACAUCUUCACAACAUGAAUUGACGUUCACUUUCUGUCAAGCAUCGAAGACAUUGACACGGGGUAACCAUGGAUUAAUCAACUCAAAUGAAGUAUCAUCUUCUCAAUGGUUCAUCCAAGGAACUUGAAGGAAUCGAAACAAAGUGUACAUUAGCGGUAAUUUGUUUGCUCACUCUUUCCAUUACCUUCAAAUGAUUGAAAUAGGCAAAAUGGUAAAUACACUUUAUCUCCUUAGCAUAUAUGACCUGCCAUCUUUGAGUAAAUUGAUGAAGAUCAAGGCAGUGUGGGUCUACGAGAUGCCUGAGUUUUACCCUCAUUACUAUGGGAUACUUAAACGGGUUGAUUUUUCCACCUCAAUAAAUAGGUUUCGGAAAAGAUUUCCUACCUCA